CCCCGUGUCAAUUGUAAAGAUGAAGUAUCUUGAGUAUUUCAAUGUUUCGUUCAAUGAUCUCAGUGGUGAAAUUCCAAAUGGAGGGCCUUUUAAGAACUUUACAUCAGAAUUUUUUAUAAACAAUAGAGAAUUUUGUGGUGCAUCUCAAUUUAAGGUCAAGCCAUGCAAAUCUAAUAGAACUAGAUUAUCUAGCAAGACCACAGUUUUGAAGUACAUUUUACCAUCAAUUGCUGUGGUAUUGUGUCUUGCCAUUAGUGUAGCUUAUUUAAUAAGAUGCCGUAGUAGAAAUACACUUCUUGCAGCUCAGUCUACUUCCCCUAUCACCAUCAAGAGGAUUUCAUAUGAUGAAGUUCUAAACGCUACGAAUAAUUUUGGUGAAGAGAAUCUGAUUGAUAGAGGUAGUAUUGGUUCAGUGUACAAGGGUAUAUUUUCAGAUGGAAUGAUCGCUGCUAUUAAGGUUUUCAAUAUAGAUUUGGAAGGUGCAAAUAGGAUUUUUGAUACAGAGUGCCAAAUACUAGGCAAAAUUCGUCAUAGAAAUCUUAUCAAGGUAAUUACCAGCUGCUCUAAUCUUGAUCUUAAAGCCUUGGUGUUGGAAUAUAUGCCGAAUGGAAACCUUACCAAAUGGCUGUCCUCGAGCAACUAUUUCUUGAAUAUAGCUCAAAGGUUAGAAAUAAUGAUAGAUGUGGCAUGUGCACUGGAGUAUCUACAUCAUGGGUAUCCCUCUCCAAUUGUCCAUUGUGAUUUGAAACCCAACAACAUACUUUUAGGUGAAGAUAUGGUUGCCCAUGUUGCAGACUUUAGCAUUGCCAAGCUUUUCUCUGAAGACCAGAGAAUUUCGAUGAGCAAGACAUUGGGCACCAUUGGAUAUAUGGCUCCAGAGUAUGGAUUGGCAGGAGUAAUAUCGUCUAUGGCAGAUGUUUAUAGCUAUGGGAUUGUAUUGAUGGAAACAUUUACCAAGAAGAAGCCAACAGAUGAUUUGUUUGUUGGAGAGUUCACCAUGAGGAGAUGGGUGUUUGAAUCAUUUCCAGAUACAAUAAUGGAUAUAGUGGAUGUGGAUCUAGUAAAUGCAAUUGACAAUAUUCGAGCCAAAGAGAGCUGCUUCAGAUCGAUCAUGGGACUAGCACUAGAAUGCACAGCUAAUUUGUCCGAAGAGAGGCUGAAUAUGAAAGAUGUUCUAACAAGGCUCAAGAAGAUUAAAAUAGAAUCUUGUUAAAGAAUAUCUGAGGUGGAAUAAGAUGAAAGAGGUAUGUUUCUUUGUCACAAUUGAUUUUUCCAUCUAAAGAUAACACAAUAAGAUGAUUAUUUUAAGCUUAUUACAUGUUCCUAUUGCAAAAAACAUGGAAAUAAUCUAAAGAUUUUUAAGCUCUGUUUCGCUUCCGUUGUUGUGUUGUUGCCUAAAAACUGUACAUAAAGUAAUUUGUCUGAUAAAUAAAUAAUUUUAUGGGAGUUAUUGUAAAAUAAGUUAAACGACAUUUAUGUAUUUGCUUAAUUUGCUAUGAGAUGUCGUAGCGAAUGAAAUCUCAAUAUUUUCAUUAGGUAAGGAUCGAUAUCAUUAGCUUAAGAUCAUAUCCCCUUCAUUUUCCCUUGAAGUGGUAAUUUAAUACCAAGAUUCAGCAGAAUAUUUU